AUGAGCGGCUCGGGAGAAGAUAGAUGGCGCGGGCCUAGUCGCCAAUCCUCGCAACGCCAUUCCGGCAAUGGGAACCGUGAUAAGACAGGUGGACAGGGGGGCCCUCGCGGCGGAAGUUCAUCCUGGGGGUCUACUAGUCCAGCGCAAGACCAGCAUGUGCCCGUUCGGGGAUUCAAUGCCGCGGAGGCCAAGACUGUUCUGAAAAAGAACUUCGGUGCUGUUACAGGUCCUAAUGAACCCAAAGCACCCUUCUACAAGCCAACCGGCAAGGACGCGAACAACCAGCGAUCGGGUGGCCCGUGGGGCUCAAAGUCAAACACAAUGGCGAGUGGAAAGGACUUCUUUAUUGAGCUCCGAAAGCAGGUCGCCUCUCUUCAGCGUGGCGGUCCUCCGGUGGGCGGCUAA